UUACUUGACACUUUCUCAGUCAAGAGGAGGUGAUUCCCACACGCACUGACGCACACACACACACAGACACACACACACAGAACCCUGCUGUCUGUCAUUUCCUGGAUCCUGCGUGUUCCAAACUGCUGUGGAAACUUUCAAAAGUUUGUUGGUGGGACAGGAGGAGGAGGAGGGAGCUCGGUGAGCCUAGUACAGCGGCGCCGCUUCGCUCACACACACGGAUCAGUUCGGGUCUGAGCUGCGGGGAUGGCGGCUGUGAAGGCGCUGCAGCAGUGGUGCCGGGUCCGGUGUGAAGGCUACCGGGAUGUGUCCAUCACCAACAUGACCACGUCCUUCAGGGACGGCAUGGCUUUCUGCGCUCUCAUCCACAAACACAGACCCGAGCUCAUCAAUUUUGAUUCACUGAAGAAGGAAGAUGUUUAUGAGAACAACAAACUUGCGUUCAAGGUUGCAGAGGAGAAGUUGGGAAUUCCAGCGCUGUUGGAUGCAGAAGACAUGGUGGCUCUUAGGGUUCCUGACCGUCUCAGUAUCCUGACAUACGUGUCCCAGUACUACAACUACUUCCAUGGACGCUCCCCGAUUGGUGGUAUGGGAGGUAUAAAGCGCCCAGCAGACGGCCCCACAGACGAACCGUCUGGGAAAAAGAACCAGCCGGUGGCGGCGAAGGUGUUUCCCUCUUCCAAACCAGCCAGAGAGAACAGCCCUCCCCCCUCCUCCAACAUAACCCGGCCUUCUCCUUCCCCAAAACAAACCAGGAUUGCCACAAAGGAUGUUGUGGUUGAGAAAUCCCAUCAGACAGGCACCCUGAGUAACAAAUGUGUGUCCUGCAACAAGCACGUUCAUCUGGUGCAGCGACAUCUAGUGGACGGGAAGCUCUAUCACAGGAACUGUGCAAAGUUACUGUCGCCUACUAACCCAACUGCACCGCUCAGUGGCUUACCCACAAACACUCCUGUUUCUAGAUUCACUCCUUUAGCAGACUCCCCUAAAGCCAACACAACUCCUCCAAACCAUGCACCCUCCAGACUGAGACCAUCAUGGCCGACGGAUAAACCCAGCACCCCUCCCAGCUUCUGCACCACUUUUUCUUCCCCGUCUCCUUCCCGGCCUGCUUCAAGUCUCUCUUCCACUGCUAAAGAGAGUCAGACGUGUGUUGUCUCCAAACCCACGGCUUCACGGACUACUUGUGAAUCUACCUUCACCACAACAACCACUUCUAUCAACACCGGGCCCACUGCUGCUCCUCGUACCUCAACCACGGCGGCAAAGACACUACAGUCCAAGCUCAAUUUCUUCGAACUCCGACCACCCGCUGACCUGCAGACUCCGAUAGACAGCCAGACUCCGAGCCCGGCCGACAGGAGUGGACUCGGAGCCAAAACCCCAGACAAAGGCGCCUCAAAGCCCGGCAAUGAAUCACCCAACACCUCAGUAUCAGAAAACAAGGACUCUCCUGCAGACUGGAGGUUGAAGCUUAAACCCGUCUCCAAACCUGCUGGUCCCACCCAGUCCUCUCCUAAAGCGCGGGCUAAUGGAGCUGGAAAGCCUCAGACUUCAGAGCUGUCUGUCGGGCCUUCUCCCUCCUCUCGUCUGCCCAGCCCGAGCGUUUCUGUCGCUCCACCUGCAGCUCCACCUGCAGCAAAGGGAUUCCUGAAUGGUCAGAGAGACCCAACUGCAAAUGGCACCAAGCCAGAGUCAAAGAAUUCCAAGACGAAGCCGGGCUACAUUCUCAAAGAGGACAUCAUGAAGGAACUGCAGGAGAUUGAAGAUAAUUUGAACGAGUGGGAGAAGAGGGGAGUGGAGCUGGAAGUGAGGCUCCGCAGCAGUGAAGAAGAGGGUGAAGAUGACUCUCUCAUGGAUGAGCUCAUGGUCGAGUGGUUCAACUUGAUCAGGAACAAGCAGGUGGCCAUGCGCCGGGAGUCUGAACUGGUCUACAUUGGAAAAACCCAGGACCUGGAGGAAGAGCAGCCCAGUGUUGAGCAGGAGCUCAGGAAACUGAUGGAAAAACCAGAACAUCUGAAAACAACCUGGGACCGUAAGAGAGAAGAGCAGCUGAUGGCCAAACUGAUGGAGAUCGUCAACGACAGAAACGCUAUUAUAGAGGGUCUGGAUGAGGACAGACUCAGGGAGGAAGAGGAGGACGAACAACUAAACAAGAUGAUGAUGAAUUUCAACAUAAAGAAAGACAAACCAAAGAAAAAGUCUCCGAAGUUCAAACUGUUUUGGGGGAACAAGAAGGAGGGAUGAUGCUCCGCAACACACAGCUGUGUGUGUCUGUGUGUGUGUGUCUCUGUGUGUGUGUGUGUGUGUGUGUGGUCAAUUUAAGCACUUUUGAAGAAAUUCCCUUCCCUCUGACGACUGCAUCACUCCUGCCUGCCAGUGACACACAAUGUUGAGGGGUUAAUGACUCAUCAGCCAUGAUGACAUUGGGUUCAGUGCUCUAGUUGUUAAUUUUAAUACCCUUCUAGUCUUAAUCUGUCUACUGCUCUUAAAUACACACACACACACACACACACACACACACACACACACACACACACACACACACACACACACACACACACACACACACACACACACACACACACACACACACUCACACUUUAUAUAUUUGCAACUUAUUGAAAUGUUGGUUGUUUGCAGUAACACUACAGAUGGUAAUACGACUUAAAGAACAGAGGUCACAGCUGUUUCUUGCUCUUUGCUCAGCACUACAAGACUGACUUGACAGGAUCACUCUCUGACCUUGUUGUAGUCGAUUACAUGUUGAACUGCAUUUAAUCUUAAAGGUCUCGCUCUGUGUAGUUUUGUGUCAAAUACAGCACUCCUUUCUUUCUCGGACAGCAACAAGUUUACUCCGAGCGCUGCCCUUUGAUAAGGACAUGUUAUUUAGUUUCUUCUAGACCAGUGGUUUCUAAGGUUCAAGAGUCGUGAGAUGUUUCACAUGAAAGCAAAAAGCAGAAAAAAACAAUUUUCUCUACACAAGAUUAUAAAUUAAUAAAGCUAUCAUUACUCUUUAGACUUUGUCACAGCCUGUAGGAUUAUGCGACCUAUGACACGCGUUUGCAAGUAGGCAUAUAUUUGUUUUGGUUAAAAGCCAGAAAGGCUGGCUCAUAUGUGCAUUUUACUCUGGACCUUUGGGAACAGUAGAUCAUGAAGGUUCACUUACUAAUGGUUUAGAGAUUUCAACAUCAGGUUUUAUUCAGCAAAUAUAAUCCUUUAAUAACAAAGUGAAAAGCUCUGAGACAGUAAGCGCCCCUUUGAGUUAUUAUUCUCUUCACUAUAUACAAAUGGAUGUUUCUUUAAGUAAUACAGUCAUGAGGUAAUUCAUAUUGGAUGCUCAAACAUAGCUGCAAGAAUGUCACUGGAUGUCAUGCUUUGUUUAUUGGCCGUUUUACCUUCCAAUCCAACUAUGUUCUGCUGUACUUGAAUAGUUUGAAUGUUUAUGGUUGACUAGAGGAAAAGGGGAUACAUCUGGUUUGUGUUGUGUGACUCACAGUCACACAACAAAGUAUUCAAACUGAAAGCAAGAGUUGAUGUUUUUGAUUCUUAGAAAUACAAGAACUGGUCCAUAUUGGGUCUGGAUUCUGUACACAUUCUCUCUCAAAUCUUUCUUUGUUGAAUGAAUUGUUUAGUUUGUGUGUUAUAGUCUAUUACUUGUAAAAGUCAUUUUUGGAUAGGCACUGAGGCAAACUUUAAAUUUUAGUUGUGGCUAAACUGAUCAAUUUCAACACAACUUCUUGUUACUACACAAAAGGUAACAUUGUAUAUAUGUUAAUGUUCUUGUCCCCUUUAUUUCCCUUCAUCUCAGUUGUAUAUAUUGUAUAAAGUUGGUCCUUACAGAACUCUGGCCUGAACAAAUUACCGUCAUAAAUCUACUAAAAAUGUUAAUAAAAAGACAAUAUUAUGAAUUGA